AUUAAACGCCAUCGUGCAGAUGCCCAAAACCGAAAAAAGUUUUAAACUUUCUUCAUCAUUUCUCGUUGAAAUUAUCUACCUUUAAAGCAAUUUAUCAAUACAAUAAAAAUGCCAGAACCAAAGGAGUUGAAGGAGGAAGGGAACACAUAUUUCAAGCAGGGCAAAUAUGAGGAUGCCCUGACUUGCUACGCAAAGGCCUUAUCUUUGAGUGAAGAAGGUGACAAAGAAAAGGCAACAUAUUUCAAGAACAAAGCUGCCUGUCACUUGAAACUUGAGAAAUACAGUGCAGCUAUAGAGGAUACAACUUCAGCGUUAGAGAUAUCUCCAAAUGACCCAAAAGCUCUGUUCAGACGCUGUCAAGCAUACCAACACCUAGAAAAGUAUGAAGAUGCGUACAAAGAUGCCAGACAGCUACUCAAUGUAGACCCUAAGAAUGCUGCAAUUCAACCAAUCUUACGUCAACUCACAAUGGUCAUUCAACAGAAGACUUCAAAAGUUGCGAGCCUUGACAGCAAAGUAUCUCAAAUGUUUGAUCUCGUCUUUAACCACUCGUCAGGAGAUAAUGAAAAACGAAUACAAGCUGCUAAUAACCUGAUAGUUCUUGCUAGAGAGGAAUCAGGUGCUGAGAAGAUAGUAAAAGCUGGUGGUAUUCCCAAGAUCAUAGAACUAUUGAGUAUAAAGGACAAAUCCUUGGCUUUAGCUGCUGUUAGGGUACUUCAGUGUCUUACUAAGGAGAACAAAGAAAGAUCCAUUGAGAUAUUGACCAAGUUAGGGAUGCAAAAGAUUCUGUUGGGAAUUGGUGUGCCUGAUGAAGAUAUUUCCACAGCAGGGGCCUACUUUCUACAGAACCUCAUCAAAUCUAUCAGUGGAGUGAGCAAGUACAAUGAGGAGAAAGAAGCCCAUGAGCGCAAGAAGAAGGUUGACAGACAUCUUAGACCAUUUAAAGCAUUCAAAAUGGAGGAUGAGGAGCAAAAGAUGAUAAAUGAAAUCUUCAAUGCUAUUAUUGGUAUUUUAACCAGUAGCAAGAUAUCUGGAUGUGGGCGUGACUCCUUACUUGAAAUUCUUAUCAAAUUUGUGGCGCGUCAAGGAGGUGUUGGAUGGACCCGUACAUUCAUCGAGUACACUGAGGGUCUCUAUAAGCUUAUGGAGAUUGCUGGUUGUAUUAAGGAAUACAAAACUAUGCCAGUGACCGACAACUCACAGAUGCACGCAUCCGUAGCAUUGCAGAAACUCUAUGAUGAUAUGCUGGCAGACAAAGAGAGAGAAAUAUACAGAGAAAAAGUUGAUGCCUAUUUUACAGAUAACUUUACAGAUAAGAACAUAGAGUCACAAGUUGAGGCAGUGAAAGCAGUAACAGCUCUUCUUCAGGGACCAUUCGACAUAGGGAACCAUAUCCUCAGUAGAGAGGGGGUACUAGAGAUAAUGCUAGCCAUGGCAGGCUCUGAAAACACACUUUUCCAGAAAGUUGCCAUAGAAGCAAUGGUUCACUCAACCUCCAAGAAGCAGAAGUCCAGUGGUAUAAUUAAACAGGCUGUCCCGAUUCUCAAGAAACUCUAUCAGACGGAAAAUGAAACAAUCAAAGUCAGAGCCCUUGUGGGAUUGUGUAAGCUAGGCUCAAUAGGGGGCACUGAUGUCAGUAUGAGGUCAUUUGCAGAUGGAUCCAAUACGACACUAGCAAAAGCUUGUAGAAAAUACUUAAAGAAUCCCAGUAAAGAUGUUGAUCUGCGUAAGUGGGCCACAGAGGGCCUUGCAUACCUUACCUUGGAUGCAGAUGUCAAGGAAGACCUAGUGGAUGACACUCCUGCUCUACAUUCUCUCAUGGAUCUUGCAAAGCAUUCUGAUAAAGGAAUCCUCUACCCAGCAGCCCAAGUGUUUGUCAACUGUACAAACAGCUAUGACAAACAGGAUAUUAUGCCAGAGAUGUUGGAACUUGCCAAGUAUGCCAAACAACAUGUACCAGAGGAACACGAAAAGGACAAAUCCGAGUAUGUUGAUAAGCGUGUUGCAAAACUAGUGAAGGCAGGCAUAGGGAAUGCACUUGUGGCUCUUAGUAAAACAGACAGUGCUAGUUCCAAGGAGUUGUUGUCACGUGCCUUCCUGGCAGUUUCAUACUAUGAAGAGAACAGAGGUCUGUUAGUUCAACAAGGAGCAGUCAAGGCCCUGAUCAAUCUGUCUCUGGAGGGAACAGAUGUAGGGAAGAUCCUAGCUGCCCAGAGUCUUGCUAAGAUUGGCAUCACAAUGAACCCUGAUAUAGCCUUCCCUGGACAGAGGUGUGUUGAGGUUGUCCGUCCUAUGAUACAUCUCCUCCACCCAGACAACCAGGGCCUGCAGAACUUUGAGGCUCUCAUGUGUCUCACAAACAUCGCAUCACUGAAUGAUACAGCCAGGAAACGUAUUGUGUCUGAGGGGGGAGUGGCCACAAUAGAGGGCUAUAUGUAUGAGGAACAUGAGAUGAUACGUAGGGCUGCCACUGAGUGCAUGUGCAAUAUGAUUCUCACUGAGGAGGUAUUUAAUCUCUACCUGGGGGAAAAUGACAGGGUUAAGUUGCUGGUGCUAUACAGUGGAGUGGAUGACAUGAAGCUGGCCAAGGCUGCAUCUGGGGCUCUGGCAAUGUUGUCACGGGAGAAAGUCAUCUGUGAGAAAAUCCUGCAGGUUAAAUCAUGGUGUGAGAUAUUCCAAGUUGUAUGUGCCAAUGAGGAUGCUGACAUACAACACAGGGGACUCUACACCAUAAUGAACGUAUUUGAACACUCCAAGGAAUUAGCGCUCAAAGUGGUGGAGAGCUCAAUGUUUGAGGUUGUUCUGGCUAUCACAUGUCUACAGGAACCAGAGAGGGCACAAGCUAAAGAAUGUGCAGAAGCAUGUCUUGAAAAAGCUGUGGAAUAUGAACUUGUUAAACGAACAGAUGCUGGUGAGUCAGCUAAAACUGAAGCCAAGAAAAAGGUGCGAGAAUCUAAACGUAGACGUGAAAUUGAAAAAGCUGUUGCUGAGGCGAGGCUGAAACAAGAGGAAGAAGAGGAUGCAAAACUAGAUGGAAUCCAGGAAGAAGACUCUGAUAUUCCAGGUAAAAUCCCUGGAGCUAGAAUUCAUGAACUUGAUGAAGAUGAACUAGCGGAGUUAGAGGAAGCUGAGAAGGAAGCAAAUACAAACAAAAAUGAACCAGAAACAAUAAAGCAAGCUGAUAAUGAAGCAAAAACUAAUGAGCAGUCUGAAAGCUGAAAAGGAUGCAAACACAAAAAGUGAGCGAUCUGAGAAUGAUCUGAGUGCAAAUAAACAAAAAUAGUUUGAUAGAGGUGUGAUAAAACCCAACAUUGAUUUACCAGAAUAACAAUGCCAUGUAUUGAUAACAUCAAAGCGGAUGUCACCCUCAAUUAUUUAUAGUGUAAAGAGGAAGCCAUAUGUGCCUGUUUAAUGUUAAUGUGACAAUGUCUGUUUUCAGAUAUACGCUUUUACAAUGAAUGAAUAUGAACGGAUGAAUAUCAUGUACAUUAGUAAUGUUAUAUCUAUUUAUUUGUGUGUGAGCUAUCACAUUGAAAAGGGAUUUAUUGUGCUUAUGAUGGAUCACUUACAUUUUACUAUAAACUGAACAAUUGGAGUUCAGAUCUCUUUUGGCAGUUUGCGUUAUAUGUAUUUUGUCCAUGUUUAAAUAAUAAUUGAAUUUUGCACCAAGGCCAAGGAAUAGAGGGAACAUUGUCGUGAUCAGGGAUGUGUAAUAUUAAUGGAAGUUUUACAUUGGAUAAAAAUAUUAAAGAUUCAACAAAAAAUAUUUCAGGUUUGUAAGGUAGCACCCAUGCAAGAUAUAUGAAAUUAAUUUUUUUACAUUUUAAGACCAUCAAAGCUGAACUGAAUUCAGUUAUUAAUUUUACUAUGACUCAUCGUGGCCUACGUCCAAUGAAAUUAACCAUCAAGAUUUUUAAAUUAUGUGCUCUACUUGACAGAAUAUCAUUCAAUCUUGACAAAUUGUUGUUCAUUUACAGAAUUUUCCUCCUCUUAUCUCUACUAAUGGUUCAGUGUACAAUGUACAUGUAUAAAUGAAGUACUCCAAAUCAUAAUGUUAUAUAUAGUAAUAUAAUCACUGUUUGUUUGUGAAUUAACAUGUAAUACGAGUGCAAUAACUCCCCUAGUGUUUUCAUUUAGAAAGCUGACAAUCUAUUCCCAAAUUGUUUGUCACUGAUCAUUAAGAAGUGAUAUUUUACCCCUCAAACAUUUUAUACAACUGUGUGUAUACAAAAAACAAUUUUUCUAAAAAUAAAAAAACUUCUAAGAAGCAAA